UCUUUUGAAGAGUACGGCUUUACAUUUCCGGUUGCCUUCCGCCUUCGCCUGGUCGGGGUUUAUCGUGCGGUGCUGUUCACAAUACGCUGUAAAAUGGGCGAAGAAAAAAGUAAACUCUCGUUUUGUUGUGGUGAGAGCACGAUAGGUGUUUUGGCUACGGGAAGAUGACGACUUUCACACGGUUUGUGUUUGUUUUCCUGCUCCCCGGGACGCGUUUCGACAGCGGCAGUGUUGGAAAGACACCAGUCCAAACAGUGAAACACUGAGAGUCGCCCAGAACAAAAUGCCCUCAAGAAACCAUCUGGACAAAAUUGGAAGGAAGAAGAAAAAGAAAUGGACGGAGGAAGCCAUGGAGCGUGCGCUGAUGGAGGUGAAGUCGGGGCGGUGCACCGUCAGACAGGCUGCCAAGGAGUUUGGAGUCCCCAAGUCUUCACUGGGGGACAGAGUGAGUGGACGGGUGACACCGGGCAGCCGCAGCGGUCCAGCCCAGCUCAUAAAGUCUGCAGAUGAGGAGCUGUUGGUGGAGUUCUCCGUCUACAUGUCCAAACACGGAUUCCCUCUGACCAAACAGCAGCUGGUGUCGUUCGCCUCCUCCAUCUACAAGCGGCAGCAUCGCAGGGUAGCGUUUUCCAAACUGGGCCAGACGUGGUGGCUGAACUUCAGGAAACGACAGGAGAAGAACAUCACCAUCCAACCAGCCGACAGCGUCGUCCGCGGGAGGACGGUGUGCGUGAGGAAGGAGGCCGUGGACCAGUUCUUCCAUCUUCUCAGCACCGUCCUGGACGCUCACGGGCUCCGAGACAAACCGCAACAGAUUUUCAACUGUAACGAGACCGGGUUUCAUCUGGGCAGGAAGAGGGUCGUUCUCCCCAAAACCGGUGGUCUGGGUUACAAACCCAUGUCCAGUCUGAGAGACCACAUCUCUGUCUUAGCCUGUUUCAACGCCUCUGGCGAAGACGUGCCCCCGUUUAUCGUCUACUCCAAAGCCUAUCCUGGAGGAGUGUGUUACAAGACCCAGGGCCCCCCGAACGCCCUCUAUGGGUGGUCCGACUCCGGUUGUAUUAACUCUGACCUCUUCAAGAAGUGGUUCCUCAAGCAUUUUCUGCCAUAUGCACCGAAGCAGCGCCCCCUGCUGCUGAUCUUUGACGGCCACAAGUCGCCCGUGAACCUGGAGGUGGUGGAGGUGGCUCGUAAGGAGAACGUGGUCCUCCUGUGCCUCCCGCCUCACUGCUCUCACAUCCUGCAGCCGCUCAACGCGGGUCUGUUUGUCCUCCUCAGGCAGCGGUUCGCUGCACGGCUGGGGGAGGGAUGUGCCUCCGACACUCACUUUGCAAUUAGCAAGAAGGAGUUCUCCAGUGUUUUUAAAGGAUCUUAUCAGUCGCUGAAGGAGGAGGAGGGGGCCAGGGUUGUCAUGGACGGCUUCAGGAAAUGUGGCAUCUACCCACUGAACCACUUUGUUCUCAACGAGGGCCAUUUAAUGUCAUCGCACAGCAUGGGCCCAGCAGCCGGACCUUCUUUUGCCAUUUCAGCACCGGGGGUGCACACCGUAGGAAACCUCACAGCUGCUGGAGUCUCCUCGUAGCUCAUUAUUAGCAGAGAUUUAGUCAGUCAUUUCUACCCCUCAGGAGCCAGUGGUCCUGCAGAGAGCGCUCUUUAUCCGCUCACAAGGAUGAAAAAAAAAAUCACUUGUUAAUCAGUUCUUGGCCACGAUGUGUUUCAGUGUUACGACGCUCCGUGUCCGGCCUCAGUUUAUAAAAAAAAAAAAAAAUUUGGAAAGAAAAGGAGAUUAAAGCUAAUGUCUGUGCUUUAAACUAUUGUCUGGUCCCUGUCAUGACUAUAUUUAGACCAGAGGGUUUUAAUGUCGCUCCCUGGUGGCUGCCUGCUGUUAUCACCUCCAUAAAUAACACAAACUCAUUGAAAAUCCUAUUCACCUCUGCUGCUGUGAUAUGAAGUCCAAACACAACAUGUCGUCUGUGUUUAUGUGCUGAGCUCCAUUCACCAGUGUUGACUGAAGGUGAAUGUGAAGCCAGGUUUGGAUACAAGGCCAAUAAAAACCAACUGGAAACAUCACAUCCAUCCGAACGUUCUCUGUCUCUUAAACCGAGGUGGAGGUUUAAAUCAGUCGUCGUGGGUCAAACAGGAUUGACAUUAAUUAAACGGCCCAGUGGCUCCACAGCAGGUGGGUCAUGGAGGUGACGUGCAUUAUGGGAGAUGUAGUUACUGGAAAACAGACUCUACAACCACGCUCUGGUGGGCCAGAUCUGGAAAGAGUAAAGAGAACUGACCACUUCUGCCCCCGUGUGGUGCUAAGAGAAAAUGAUCCAU